AUGUGCUAUCCGGAGAACUUCCUGGCCGUGAAGGCCAACGAGGUCGUGUGCGGACAGCUCAACAUUUACUCCGCCGCCUCGUCGCCGAAGGAGAAGUACCUGGCCGGCGACGCGGCCGGCCGAUCGGAUAGAUGUAACAACGAGCGGCGGACGCUGUCGAAGCAGACUUCUCUGCGGGAAACUAAGAUGGAGGCUAAGUGGGAGAAGCGGCGUCGGCAGAUUCUGGAGAGGGAGCGACGCGUGGUGGUGGAAGCAGAGGAGAAGGAGGCGGCGGAGGGCAGCGAGAGCAGGGGAAUAACUCGGCCGAAGAUUCUGACCGACGAGGACAUGGACGAGCUGAGGGGGUCGAUCGAGCUCGGGUUUGGAUUCGUGGAGGAGGAAGGCGGCAACGAUCUUCGCGACACGCUGCCGGCCCUCAAUCUCUACUUCGCCGUCAACCGCCAGCUCUCUGACAAGAAGCUGAUUCCGCCGACGAGCUCGGAGUCGACUCCGAGAGCCACCUCUCCCAGCGGCACGCCGAAGCCGAACGCGCGAACACAGACGGAGGCGGCGGCGGUCGCUUCGGGACAAUCCGCAGUACGUGAAGACAAGACUGAGGCAUUGGGCCCAGGCAGUGGCUUGCUCAAUGAGGCAGAGCAGUUGAGAAUGGACAGAGAAGAAGAUCGCGAGGAAGAAAUUAAGAUGUGCUCUUUGCUCGCCAUUAUUAACUAG